AUGCGAAGACUUCCAACUGGGAGUUGCUCAUUUGGAAAAACAACUCAAACUAGCACAGAUUAUAGAGAAAGAAACCAAAGAGGAGAUGAAGUGUGUAACGACAAAAUGCAAACUUUGAAAUCAGGAAACGAAAAGCUGAAAGAAGAUCUUAAAAUGGCAAUGAACAAGAACCCUAACAACAAAGAAGUUUCAGAAGAUGAUGCUGAUAGAAAAACGUAUAAGCUCUGUCUUUUGGACAAAAUAUGCCAACUGGCAAAAGAGCUGAAAGUUUACGAACUGAAAGUUUACGAAGCUAAAAACGACGCUUUAGAAGCGGAAAGAAGUGUCAAAAAUAUUUACUAUAAGGUAGAUAACAACAACAUUAAACACAUCAACAACAACCACAUUGACAUCAACAACAUUGACAUCAACAACAAUCUGGAUCUAAACUGCGAACAUAACAUCAACAACAAUAACCUUAUCAUCAACAACAACAUCGACGACGACUGCAGGAACAUCCCCAACAAAAUCGACUAUAACAACAUCAAUGACAACAGCAUCAAUGGCAACAACAACCAACAAAUCCUAUUAGACGAACUGAAUUUCAUGCCUUACAAAUACGUCGAAUCCGACGAUGGAGACGUCAUAAUAAUUCAAGACUACGACAACUUGAAUGAUUUGAAAUUUGAAAAAGGAAAUAGAACAAAUGAGAAUUAUGAUGAGCAAACUGCAGCUAAAGAUUAUCAACCUGAUGGGAGGAUCGGAUGUCGACACGAAAGAAGAAUUGGACUAAUGUGGAGAUGGAUUGAUGACUGGCUGAAUGAAUGUUGUAGUGCAACAAUAGCAAACAGCUUGAUGGAACUGUGGCACAUACUCAAUCAUAAGGCUAAAAUGGAAGGGGCAAACGUUAGAAAACCAGCUUCUGAUGAAAGUAUGAUUGAAUACAUUUCACAAUUAGAAAAUGACUUGAUCAAUAGAUCAGAUGUAACACCUCUAAAUUUCACGCCUGAUAUUAGAGGUGGAGGAGCUGCCAGGAAAGCAGUUGAUUCUGCAAUCCAGAAAAUAAUAUGUUCAGCAAUUGCAACACAAUAA